AGGGACCAGCCUGACGGGGGUGCCUGGAGCUGCGGAGCGGGAGGCGGUACCCGGAGGCCUGGGGGAGCCCUAGGGAGGCGCCCCGGGUCCCCCGUGCCCCGGUGGGUCAUGGUCUCCCAGGGGGCCGUGCCCCCCACUCCCAGCCCCGACAGGUCGUGCGUGCUGUAACCUGCCCUAUCCAUAGGGCCCGGUCCAUUCCUCCACCUCCUGCAGCCGGGUGGUGAUGGCUGCUCCGGGCCUGAGCACCCUGACCCCAAAAGUGGUGAAGGAGCAGGAGAAGACAGAUUACAGCAAGUGGCAGCGGGUGGAAGCAAAGAAGAAGGUGUCUCUGCCCUCCAUCGCCUCGCCGGACAGGAGAAAGGAAGUGAGCUCUGCCUGCUCCCAGAGAGGCAGGCAGCCAGCCCAGUUUGGUGUCAGAUCAGCCUCGCCGGCAAAGUUGGCCUCUCUUCGGAAGCAGAGAUUUGCUCCAAAGAAGACAUCGGCCAAGGACACGGAGCUCACAAGAAGCCUGGACAAUAUCAAAAUCUUUACGAGACUGACCAGGUCGCAGAGGACAUCCUUGGACAAGCUGAAGCAGCACGGCGCCUUCCUGGCAGAGACCAAUGAGCGCUUGGUCCAGGAGGUGCAGCAGGCUGAGGAUAGCGCCGUCAAGCAAGUCCGAGAGCUGCUGCAGCAGUACGAAGUCUUCGGGACGAUGGUGACGACCCUUCAGGACUCCAGCCGGCACCAGCUGGGCGCAGCGGCAGUGGAGCUGCAGGAGGCAGAGAAAACCAUGGAGAACAACCUGGCAAAGCUGCAGCAGGAGCUGGCUCGGGUGAACAGGAAGGUGCAAGCGCUGCAGGAUGAGCUGGGCGUGCUGCGAACAUACAUGGACAAGGAGUACCCCGCCAAGGCCAUCCAGAUAGACCAGCUGCUGCGCGACAUCCAGAGCCUGAAGGAGGAGCAGCAGUACGAAACAGAUGAGCUGGAAGAGAUGGCAAGAAGUGUCUUGGGGGGCCUGAGCAAGAAGAUGCAGGAGGAGCAGGAGCAGAUCAUCCGGGCUGUGAUCGAGGAAAUGCUGUCUCCCUACAAGGACGGCCUGCAGCAGAUGUCCGCCAACAACCGGGUGCUGCAGAAAGAAGUGCAAAUGCAGAAGGAGAUAAUCAAGGAGCUGCAGGAAGACAUCAUGGAGCUGCAGCACAGCAUCCAGAGGCUGCGCUGGGACCUCAGGGACCCCCGAGAGGUGAUCUUCGCCGACGUCCUGCUCCGCAAGCCCAGGUGCCUGCCGGACGAGGAGGUCGUGCUCAGCGUCCCACUGGAGGGGGAGGAGGAGGUCGCCUUCUAGUCCCAGACGCUGGGCUCUUCAGCUCCACCAGAGGAGAUAUUCAGGCAUGAAACGACUCGUCACUGUGGCUCGUGUGCUUCCCUUGUCCUUCCGGUACCUCCCCAUCAGCUGCCAACGCCCUGUCCCCCCCGGGGUCUCCCGCUUUCAAGGCUCCAUGGAAACCUGUGCUUUUCCAGGCGGGGUCCUGCCACCCAUGUCAGUAUUCAGUCUCUGCACCUUCCUCCGAUGCCUGCCCUGCUCUUGAGGGACUCUGACGGCGUUCAGCCUGGGAGAGGGGCCAGUUGAUGGGAAACUCUGCUGUGUUCCCAAUGCAGCUCUCAGUCUAGAUGGUGAAAUAAAGAC